AUGCAGGCUGCACAGCAGUCCUGGGAGCUCGAAAACACCAUCAGCCUCAUCGAUCCUCAACGGGAUGCGCUCUAUCGAUACGAUGAAGAAACACACAAGGCCCUGAGCGCUGCCCGGCCAUGGGCCAAAGACCCCCACUACUUCAAGUCGAUACGCAUCUCCGCCGUAGCAUUAAUCAAAAUGACCAUGCAUGCUCGCUCAGGCGGCUCCCUCGAGGUUAUGGGUCUGAUGCAAGGGUACAUCCUUCCUGAGACGUUUGUCGUAACAGAUGCCUUCCGCCUCCCCGUCGAAGGCACCGAGACCCGCGUCAACGCCCAGGAAGAAGCGAACGAGUACAUGGUGUCGUAUCUCCAAUCCUGCCGCGAUGCGGGCCGCAUGGAGAACGCAGUGGGGUGGUAUCACAGUCAUCCCGGGUAUGGAUGCUGGCUGUCCGGGAUCGAUGUUACGACGCAAGAUAUGCAGCAGCUCGGCGGGCCGUUCGUUGCUGUCGUCAUUGACCCGGAACGCACCAUCUCCGCCGGCAAGGUUGACAUUGGGGCCUUCCGCACUUUCCCCAAGGAUUAUACCCCUCCAAAAGAAGGAAAUGAGGAUGAAGAUUACCAGACUAUUCCCCUCAGCAAGGCGGAGGAUUUCGGCGCAUACGCGCACCAGUAUUACUCGCUUGAGGUGUCAUUCUUCAAGAGCAGUCUCGACACGGAACUUCUGUCGCAGCUCUGGAACAAAUACUGGGUGGCUACGCUGAGUCAAAGUCCCCUGUUCACAACUCGGGAUUACGGCAGUAGGCAGAUGAUGGAUCUCAGUCAGAAAGUCCGGCGGGCUGCGCGGGGAAUUGAAUCCAGCGGGUCACGAGGUGGUGCCACUACACCUAAAGAUCAGCAGCUGGAGAAGAUAGUACGGGACGGACAGCGGAUUGUCUCUGAGGAGGUAAAAGGUCUCUUGGCAGCUGAGGUUAAGAUGAAGCUCUUCCAGGGAAUCGGGGAGGGGACGCAAACGGGUGCCUCAUGA